AUGAGUUUUUCGAAGGAAGCAUUGGGAUUAACAAUACUACCGCAUGUCGGCGGCAUCAUCGGCGGGUUAAUCACACGAAAGAACGUCAAGCAAUGGUAUGAAACAUUGGAUCGACCAUCAUGGAGACCACCGAACUGGGCAUUUGGACCUGUGUGGACGAGUUUAUAUACCAUGAUGGGUUAUGCAUCGUAUCUAAUAUAUCGCGAUGGUUUUGGCGAAACUCGUGAUCGUGCUCUUGUUCUUUACGGUUCACAACUUGCAUUAAACUGGCUUUGGACACCCAUUUUCUUCCAUUAUCAUAAGCUAGGAUUGGCAUUCGGUGAAAUUCUCUUACUCUUAGCUAACAUUGGUUUGUGCAUCAAUGCAUUCUAUCCAAUCAAUCGUACAGCCGCUUAUCUUAUGAUACCUUAUUUCGGUUGGGUUUCUCUGGCAACGACACUGACUUAUUCCAUUUGGCAGCGAAACAAAAACAAGAGAACGGACUAA